GCCCACGCGUCAGCCAGAGUACGCGCGCACCCAGGCACGCCUCGAGGCCGCGGACGGCGCGGAGCCAGACGGACCUCGCAUUCGCUGAGAAGCCGAAGGCCGUAGAGCACACGAGUUGUAGGCUUCCAGAGCACGGCGGGGCAGCAUGAGGGGCUUCCGCUUUGCGCUGGUCCGUGCAGCGCGGUCGCGGUCGCGGGCGGAGCUCCAGACCGUGCAGCGCCGCCCGCCGUCGGAUCUCGCCCAACGUUUUUCGCACUCGGCGUCAGCGCCGGCGAGGCCAUCCUUCGGCAUCGCGUUCGACAUCGAUGGGGUCAUCCUGCGCGGCCGAAGCCCGAUCGGGGGCGCGCCGCGGGCCAUCCGCCGCCUCUAUUCCGAAGAAGGUAGCCUGAAGAUUCCGUUUCUGUUUUUAACUAACGGAGGAGGUGUUCCAGAGCAUAGAAGGGCCCUUGAGCUAAGCCAACUUUUAGGAGUCAACAUUUCUCCAGCACAGGUUGUGCAUGGCCAUUCUCCUUACAGAGAGCUGGUGAAGCGUUUCAAAGAUGACCUUAUUGUUGCUGUUGGAAAAGGAGAGCCUGCAGUAGUGAUGUCUGAGUACGGAUUUAGAAAAGUUCUGUCCAUAGAUGAAUAUGCAUCAUAUUAUAAAGAUAUUGACCCCCUGGCUCCUUUCAAGACUUGGAAAGUUGGGCAAACAGACAGUUACAUGUUUGCGAAAGUGCACCCAUCAUAUGAUGUUUACUCAGAGCGAGUUAAAGGAGUGUUUGUUGUCAGCGAUCCUGUUGACUGGGGAAGAGAUCUACAGGUACUCUGUGACAUCUUGUCUACUGGUGGACUUCCUGGGACUGAAAAAGGGGAUCAACCUCCUUUGUAUUUUGCAGCUGAUGAUCUUGAAUACCAGGCUGCAUUUCCUUCUGAGCGGCUUGGCAUGGGUGCCUUCAGGAUAGCUUUGGAAAGCAUCUUCAAUCAAAUAAAUGAUCAUCCACUGAAGUAUACAUCUUAUGGGAAACCUAAUCCAUUUGUGUUCAAGAAUGCAGCAAACAUACUUGGAAAACUUAUUAUAAGUAUGUAUCCUAAUUCACAGACAUCAAUGGAAGUAAAAGACUGUCAGUUUUCAACUAUCUACAUGGUUGGCGAUAAUCCUAAAGUGGAUAUCAAUGGAGCUAUGAAGGCUGGCCACCCAUGGUCAUCUGUUCUUACAAGGACAGGUGUUUUUAGAGGAAAAGAUAACGACCCACAGUUUCCUGCAGAUGCGGUUGUUGAUACUGUUGAAGAUGCCAUCAACUAUAUUCUGGAGAAGGAAUGUGUACAGUGAUGAUACUGUUGAAGAUGCCAUUAACUAUAUGCUCCCUUGAUCAUUGUCAUUUGGCAUGCUUGAUAAGAUAAGAUGUACAGCCCUUUUUUUUUGUCUAGUAAAUUUAUAAUCCGUGGCUGGAAGUCGAUCUCUUAUUUCUUAUUUAUUCUACCAACAAAUACAUGUUAGAGACAGCAGACUAUAUUUUCUUGCACUUUUUUUUGGGUGCUGAAGAGGCUAAAUUUGUUACAAUCUUUAUGUAGUACAAAGGUCAAAAGGCUCCAUGCAGUGGAACCGAAACAGAAAUGCUGCUGGAUUCUUUUGAUGUUGUGUGUACUAUUAUAGGUAUAAUUUGGUACAAUAAUAUUCAAAGAAAUUCAUGAGCUAA